UUGAAUUCGAAGCUAAAAUCAUCCAGUUAAAGCUUACCAUAUCACAUUGAGGAAGAAAGGGUAAAGGAAAAGAUGCCUCUUUGUGACAGUUUGUUUGGUCCAAUUCGUAUUAUUACCUCUUCACAAUUGAAUCAUCUGCUUAACCCUCUUCCUCUCUUGCCAUUCACUUCUUAUAUCAAACCCAUCUUCUAUAAUCGUCCGUUUUCGCACCAUGAUUACAGUCUUCGCUGUUAUUCAUACUCCCCAGUUUAUUUGCAUGAUAAUGAAGAGCAAUCGAGAAAGCAGACUAUAUUUAAGGCUUUGAAGCAAAAAAUUGAUUUAUUAGGGAUAAACUAUGAUUCUUCUAUACCUGGACACUUAUUUUGUCCAAAGUGCCAUGGAGGAAGAUCAGUUGACAGGACUCUGUCAUUUGAUAUCUCCAACAAUGGGAAAUUUGCAACUUGGAGUUGUUUCCGUGAUGAAUGUGGAUGGUCAGGGCAGGAAUCUGCAGAUGCUGGUAAUGGAGUUCAUGUUUUAAGCAGAGUCGAUUCUCCGGCUAGACUUAAUAAUGAUCAAUUGACUGCAGAUGGCCUUGGAUUAAUACCUUUAAGAACAAAUCUGAUUGCUUACUUUGCUGAGAGAAUGAUCUCAAAGGAUGUUCUUGUGAGGAACGAUGUUAUGCAGUUAUCAGGCAAUCGGAAUGUGAUGGCUUUUACUUACAAAAGAAAUGGAAGCAUAGUCAGCUGCAAAUAUAGAAACCUCGAAAAAAGAUUUUGGCAGAAGUGUGUUGAGAAAAUAUUCUAUGGAAUUGAUGACAUAGUAGAUGCUGAUGAUAUUAUCAUUGUUGAAGGUGAAAUAGAUAAGCUGUCAAUGGAAGAAGCCGGGUUCCUCAAUUGCAUUAGUGUUCCUGAUGGUGCUCAACAGAAAUUAUCUGCUGAAGAACUACCAUCUCCGGAAAAGGAUUCAGGAUUUAAGUAUGUUUGGAACUGCCAAGAGUAUUUGAACAAGGCAUCUAGGAUCAUCCUGGCAACUGAUGGGGAUUCACCCGGCCAUGUAUUAGCUGAAGAGCUUGCCCGUCGUCUUGGACGAGAAAGAUGCUGGCGAGUAAGAUGGCCGAAGAAAGACAACAUCAAUUGUUUUAACGAUGCAAAUGAGGUUCUCAAGUGUAUGGGACCAAGUGCAUUAAGAGACAUAGUUGAUAAAGCAGAGCCAUAUCGGGUGCAUAAUUUCAGUCACCCCGUGUAGCAUUAGAUCGUUUUCCUUGUCGCGACAUUAUGCCAAAAAAAAUAAGUAUUUUGUAUUUUGUUUUACUGUUUUUGUGUAAUCAUUGUACAGAAUAUAUGUAGAGUUGAACCAUGAAGAAAUUAUGUUACUCUACU